UCGGACAACAGCGAUUCGAUAACAAAAAAAAUAUUUCAUCAGAUAACUUAAUGGAUUUUUUAUUUAUCUGCGAGAAUUUCGUCAAAAAUACCACAACGAUAGGCGAGUAGUUUUCGUUGCUCUUUCAGAAAAUAUAGUGCGGUUUUGAAUACUACGAGAAAAAAUGUCAGUGUUUCACGAACCCGUUUCUAAUAGAAGCAGACUUCUAUUUGCUAUCCAAGGUGUUUUUCAAAUGCUUCUUGCUGUUUUCGUCGGCUCUACAGUAUGGCUGAUGGCUUACAGCAGAGACUGGGGCGCGAAAGCGACGUGGCAUAUAUUUUUGACCACCAUAGGGUUCGCCCUGCUGAUGGCCGAGGCCGUGUCCCUGCUAAACGAAGGAAACGUCUUUUAUAUUGGUGUAAACAAACUGAGGAGAGGACUCAUACACGGGACGUACAUGUUCCUGGCGACGUUAUCGGCAGUUAUCGGCAUCGGUUUAAAAAUUCAGGAAAAAUCUGACCGCGGCAGUAAACAUUUUACCAGCACUCACGGAAAAUUGGGUAUUGCUGCUUUAGUACUGACAAUAACGGCCUGUCUCGGAGGAUUGGGUGUAUUGAACUCCUCACGUCUAUACAGGGCCGGUAUAAAACCAAAGUGGGUUAGGGUAUUGCAUAUCCUUAUCAGUUGCUUCGCCUACCUCAUCGGUUGCGUGGCGUUGGGUUAUGGGAUUGAUUCGUAUUUCGGUGAAGCGACAGCUGAUACCAAAAAAGGACUCAUUACGGUUCUCGGUUUAUACGUGGUGAUAAGUUUGUCAGGUCCCGCGAAUACUUUGUACAGCAUUUUCGUGUAA